AUGCACACUCCAAUCAGAGGAAAAGCCGAGAUUUUUUUUCACAAAAAUGGAGGUUUCAUCCACACUCUCCUUCAGCAUAGCCAUGUCUUUGGUCGCUACCUUCGUCGUCGCCGUCCUGCUCAGCAGCGUCGUCGCCUCCCUGCGUGGCCGCCGGGCCAGGGCGCUGAAGCUCCCGCCGGGCCCGCGGGGGUGGCCGGUGUUCGGCAGCCUCGGCGCCCUGGCGGGCGCGCUCCCGCCGCACCGCGCUCUGGCCGCGCUCGCGGCGCGCCAUGGCCCGCUCAUGCACCUCCGCCUCGGCUCGUUCCACGCCGUGGUCGCGUCGUCCGCCGACGCCGGCCGCCUCGUCCUCAAGACCCACGACGCCGCCUUCGCCGACAGCGCGCGCACCACCGCCGGCGAGACCAUCACGUACGGCUACCGCGGCAUCCUGCACACCCCGUACGGCGCCUACUGGCGCAUGGCGCGCAAGCUCUGCGCCACGGAGCUCUUCUCCCCGCGCCGCGUCGGGUCCUACGAGCACAUCCGCGCCGAGGAGGUCCGGGCGCUCGUGCGCGACCUGUUCGGGCGCGCCGGCCACGCCGUCGCCGUCCGGGAGCGUCUGGCCGAUGCGACGCUGCGGAACACCCUCCGCAUGACCGUCGGCGACAAGUGGUCGGGCUUCUACGGCAGCGCGGAGGGCCAGCAGUUCCGGCGAACGCUUGACGAGGCGUUCGAGGUGUCCGCCGUCGUCAGCAACGUCGGUGAGUGGGUCCCCUUGCUGGGGUGGCUCGACGUGCAGGGAUGCCGCCGGAGGAUGAAGCGGCUGGCCAAGAUGUACGACCGGUUCCUCGAGCAGAUCCUCCAGGAACACGAGGUGGCCAAAGCGGCCGCCGGCGACGACGGCAGCCAGUCUGCGGCGGUGUGUGACCUGGUCGACGUGCUGCUCCGUCUUUCCGACGAGGAGGGCGUCGCGGACUCGGAGUCAAGGCUCACGCGCGACGGCGUCAAGGCUUUCGUCCAGGACAUCAUCGCUGGCGGCACGGAGAGCUCCGCGGUGACCAUGGAGUGGGCGAUGGCGGAGCUCCUCCGCCGCCCCGACGCCAUCGCCGCCGCCACCGACGAGCUCGACCGCGUAGUCGGCCGAACGCGCUGGGUCUCGGAGCGCGACCUGGCCGACCUCCCCUACAUCGACGCCGUCGUGAAGGAGACGAUGCGGCUGCACCCAGUGGGCCUCCUCCUCGUCCCGCACCACGCCAGGGAGCGCGCGGCGGUGUCCGGCUACGACGUCCCCGCCGGCGCGCGCGUGCUAGUGAACGUCUGGGCCGUCGCGCGGGACCCGGCGUCGUGGCCCGACCGCCCCGAGGCGUUCCUGCCGGAGCGCUUCCUCCCGGGCGGCAGCGCCGGGGGCGUCGACGUGCACGGGCAGCACUUCGAGCUGCUGUCGUUCGGGUCAGGGCGGCGGAUGUGCCCGGCGUCCAACCUGGCGAUGAAGGUGGUGGCGCUGGGCAUGGCGAGCGCGCUGCAGGGGUUCGAGUGGCGGCUGCCCCACGGCGUGGCGGCGGAGGACGUGAGCAUGGAGGAGCUGGUCGGGCUGUCGACGCGCCUCAGGGCGUCGCUGGUCGCCGUGGCGGAGCCCAGGCUGCCGGCGCAUCUCUACGCCGCCGCCGCAUGAACGUCGGCGACGGCGACGGCGAGCGAAGGAAAUAUCGAUCGUGUGGUGCAUGUGUCGGCCACGUAGGAUGGAUCGAUCGAUUUGGCACCUGUGGGCUGUGGACGCUCACAAUCUCUGUGCAUGUGGCAGGAUUAGUUUGUCAUCUCGAUAUGAAAUUAUACCGUGGUUUACUUUAGUGUACCAGCUAGCAUUAAAUCUAUUAUUUGCUGAUUUCCUCGACGUGUCUUUUUAUUGGUUAUAACUUAUAGCCAAAAAUUUCAAUGUAAACAUAGUUUUGGAUAGCUGAAGUUUAUUUUUC